AGUACACAUCAAUUUGCUUAUCGACAGUAGUCAUCCAGUAAUUUACAUUAUAUCAAAGAUUAUAUGGAAGUUGUGUUUCGGAUAGAUAACAACUUAGGUUCAAUUAAUUAGUUAUUUGUUGUAAAUAAACGAAGAUUCUAUCAAUUAAUUCAAACGUUAAGCUAUAUUUUUGAAAACCAUGACUUUAGAAACUGUUCCCAAGAAUUUAAAAGGUCUUAGAGCAUGUUUAGUUUGCUCUCUGAUAAAAUCCGCCGAUCAAUUUGAAGACGAAGGGUGCGAUAACUGCGAUGAAUUUUUGAGAAUAAAACAUAACACUGAGAACUUAUACGAUUGUACAAGUACUAAUUUUGACGGAAUGAUUUCAUUAAUGAGUCCUGAUGAUAGUUGGGUUGCCAAAUGGCAGAGAAUUAAUCGGUUUUGUCCAGGAGUGUAUGCCAUUUCCGUAUCCGGACGCCUACCUAAUAGUAUUAUUAGAGAAAUGAAAAGUCGCGGCAUUGUUUAUAAAAGUAGAGACACUAGUCAACGAUAAUAAUAGAUUUUAUAUAUGUCGAGUAUCAUGUCAAAAUAAUCUGAUUUUUAUUAUUUAUAAUAAUGUACUAUUAAAAAUAAUUAUCUAUUAUACAAAAAAUAAACUUUUAGCAGUCAA